CACUCACGGACACUGGUCGCCAGGUGGCGCUAUGCACAGCCUGUGCGCGAUGCACCGACUGCGCAACUGGCGCAAAGAAGAAACUCGUACAAUAUGGCUGCUUCCUAGGGUUGCCAUGUGAUAGUUUAUAGUUUGGGAAAGUUGGUUAUCUGUUUUAAAGUGAGGUUGUGCAUUAAUUUAGGGAUCACGUUGAUUUUGACUUCAUUAUAUGCUAAAGGGUCAACUAUAGCUCAGAAUAAUCCACCAUGCAGCACGACGAUGUAAUAUGGGACCUUAUAGGCAGUAAGCAAUUCUGUUCCUAUAAAGUAAAAACAAAGACCAAAAAUUUCUGCCGGAACGAGUACAACACCACCGGUCUGUGCAAUCGCCAGUCGUGCCCACUCGCUAACAGCCAGUAUGCCACCGUUAGAGAGGAGAAAGGUCGGUGUUACCUGUACAUGAAGGUUAUUGAAAGAGCUGCCUUCCCAGCGCGCAUGUGGGAGAAGGUGAAGCUGAGCGAGUGUUAUGAGAGAGCCCUGCAGGAGAUUGACGAGAACCUCAUUUACUGGCCUCGGUAUUACCGGCACAAGUGCAAACAGCGCUUCACCAAGAUCACACAGUAUCUCAUUCGCAUUCGCAAACUCACGCUGAAGAGACAGAGGAAACUGGUGCCACUUAGCCGAAAAGUAGAGAGGAGAGAAAAAAGGAGAGAGGAAAAAGCCCUUAUUGCUGCCCAGCUGGACAACGCCAUAGAGAAGGAACUCUUGGAGAGGUUAAAGCAGGGCACGUAUGGGGAUAUCUACAACUUCCCCAUCCACGCUUUUGAUAAAGCCCUGGAGAAACAGGACGAGGAGAGCGAGUCCGAAGCUGAGGAAGAGGAUGAUGAAGAAGGGGAGGAUGAGGAUAAAGGGAGGAGAGAAUUUGUUGCAGAUGACGAGAUUGAAGAAAGUGACCUCAGCGAUUUUGAGGAUAUGAACAACCUAAAGGUCAGCGAUGAAGAGGAAGGAGACUCCAGUGAGGAAGAAGAGGAAACGGAGGAAGAGAUGGAGGGGUCGCCUGGGGCCAAGUCAAAAGGAAAGACUCCACUCAAAGGACCGGUUAGGAAGAAACGGCCUUACGUGGAGAUAGAGUACGAGCAGGAGACUGAGCCUGCUCCCAAGAGCAAGGCCUCUUAGGACUGAAGAGCCCUGCCCACUGCACUGGAGCCCCGCCUUCAGCACAGACCCCCACCCCCCGUUCAUGUCUCUGCAGUGACUAGUCUGGCGCGCACACACACACUGUCGUCCAGGAAAUCUCCACCAUGUGGUGUGACAGUUUUUUCUGUAUGAUACAGUUAAGCAGAACAGGGUGUGUUUUAUGUAGUUUUGGUCAGAUGUGCUGAUUAAAACCUUCUAAGAUAAUACAGGAUAAUACAUUACAUUUUGACUCCUGCCCCUUUUAAAAAAAUGUUAAUAUUUAACUUGUUGUUGUUGUUAACCUUUUGCGUAUUGUUAAAUAUGGUCCCUCCUAUUGAAAUAAAUCUUUAGUGUUAAAUUCAAACCAAUUAUAGAACAUUCUCCACCAUGCACCUUCUGUUGUGUUCUUAGCAGCCAACCACCACCAGAAACCCCUGCACCGGAGAUCAGGGAUUAAGGGCAGUCUUGGACCAAAAAGCAUUAACAGGAAAUUCAUUUUAGGAUAGGAUUAGGUUUAAUCUGGGAGAACUGCAUUUCAAGUCAGGACUCAAGAUGGACAAAAUGUUGUAAACACCAGAUGAAAGGAGACGUUUAAACAAAUGCGUUUGUGGGUGUACUGAGUAAACGUAGCUUAAGGGAACAGCUACACCUGAUCAUUUAUGGGAAAUAACUAAAGGACUAAACAGAAUCGAAUAAUUACUUUUAGAUUGAAUGCAGCAUAAUUUACUUUCAUGACAUUUGGCAGAUGCUCUUAUUCUGAACAACUUGUAUGUUUAUCGGUGUGACAUUACAUGUGCUGCCUGGCAAAUAUAGCCCAUGUUCUGGCUGCGUGAACAGGUGAACUGCAGGAGCCUAUAGUGUUUUAAGAAAACAUCUGUGAUUUUCACUAGAAUAAAAAUGGCCCAUGAAAAAUGACAAGGUUUGGUAGAGAGAACUGAACAGUAAAAACAGCAGACGUAAUAUCUGUCUAGCCCAAAAGAUCCUGAAGGAUAGUGUGGUGUCACAAAAAACCGGAGGUUGCGCUUUGGACUGUGUUGGAAGCAUUAAGAUGGGAUUUAGGUCCAAAGCAACCAUUUUCAGAGUGAAGGCAGUUAAUUAUGGGAUUGGUGGGAUUUGAUCAAAUCUGGAAGCCGGUCAAAGGCAGGGCAAGACUGUACUCAGAACAGUGACUUAAUGAUCGAUGGAGGACAAUAGUGCACUUCUGUUCCUAGACAGUCAGAAACAGAACACAGUGAAGAAGUCCCAACACAAAGAUGGAUGAAAUGAGUUUAGCUGGAUGUAGAUGGCAGGACUAGGGCUGGUAGUGUUCCUGUCUCUUUCAUGUUUGGCUCAUAGUAAGUGCUCAGUUGAGAAGAAUGUAUUAGAUGAUGUACAGCAAGAAAGAGACUCUAGAGUUAACCUCAUGCGCCACUCAAAGAACAAGUGAUUAAGACACAGACUGCCCGGAGCGCGAGUGUGAGCAGGAGACAGCGGUUGCUCCCAAGGGUAAGGCCAAAGCCCUUGGGCCUCGUUGAAAAAAACAGUUUCUGCACCGCUCAGGUGUAUUUUUAAAAUUAAUGGUUUUUGCGGUGUUGUGGUGCUCUAUUUGUUCCUCUCAAGAUACAUUUAAAUAUGAAAGAGUGGGCGCUUAUAUACAGCUCACAUGAUAUCAUGGGUCUAAACAGUUUUCAGUCAAACUGUAAAAUAAAGACGUUUGGACAUGUCAGCCUU